AAUAAAUAAAUAAAAACUAAAUUCACAACAAAUACAACAAGCACAGUUAUUACACAUUACAGAGUUAAACAACAAGCGUGUCUACAGAGGAGAUAAGUAUAACUCUUGAAAUCUACUACACUUCUGCCAUGGAUUCAUCUGAAGUACCUGAACCCUCUGAAACAAAAACAGAUUGCGAUUCGCAGAAGUCUAAUUACUCACAAUGUUACAAGAACAAUUACAAGACCAUGGAUCUCACUUUACAGCAAAGAAGAGAAACGUUUCUGAAUGAACACAAAGAGAAACAUUCCUUAGUUUUUGACGAACGAAGAGAUUUGUCAGAGCUCUUUGAAGAAUAUGACUGUCAGACUGAUGAAAGUGAUAUGUGUGAUGUGGAAGCAAUGGAAGUGGACGUAGCUCGACCACGUAAAAAGAUCAAAUUCCGAAUGACAAUGUCGGAGUGGUUCACACAAAUUCCAGAAGAUUUAUCAGAUAAUUGGUUGUUUAAACUAUGUCCACUGGGGAAGAGACGUCUUGUUAUAUCACACAAGGGUAAAACAAAAUGCUUCAAUAAAUUUGGUCACAGAUUAUUUAAAUUUGCAUCAAGCUUACCUGGAGGUAGUACAAGAAAAACACAAAAAGAGGGUUUAACGGUGUUAGAUUGUAUUUUGAAUGAAAACACAAAAACUUUUUUCAUCUUGGAUAUGCUUGUUUGGAACUCUGUUUCGUUUCUAGAAUGUGAGGCUGAACUCAGGCUGUGUUGGAUUAGAUCACGAUAUGAAGAAACUCCUGAAAUGUUUAGUGCCUAUGGGAAAGACACAUAUCAAUUCAAUGUUUUAUUUGAUCAUCCAGCUGAUAUAGAAACAAUAAGAUCGGAGAUUUGGCAAUACAAUUCUCAAAAUGAGGUGAAUUGUGAUGGAUUAAUUUUUUAUCAUAGAGAAGCUCCUUAUAUAUCAGGUGAAACCCCUUUAGUUACUUGGUUAAAGCCUUUUAUGUUACCAGAAAGGCUGAACAUUGAAGUUCCACAAGAAUAUGAGAGGAGAAAGCCACCAGGUUAUGUGAAUUUGGAAUCAUAUAUAAUUUAUGCAUCUGAAAGACGUAAGAGAAGGCAAUUGAAAAAGAUGGACACUGAGGAAAUCCCUAUGGAGAAUAAUUAGAUGAAUACCAUUUAUGGUAGUUUUAUUUGUAGGUAUUAUGUUGUUAUAAUUGUUUUUAUUAUUGAAUUAUGUACAUAGUAUUUUUGAGAAAUGAAAAAAUAAAGCAUGAGAGAACAA